UACUCACCCCUCUCCCUCCCCCCACCAAUUAUUCCCCCCCCCUUUCACAAUGGUUCGCAAGGCCCCGAAGCCCACGCCCUGGGGCAUGUACGCCAAAAUGACUAUCGGCGGCGCAAUCCUCUGCAUCGGCGGCCCCGCCCUCACCAUGUGGCUCACGCCCACCGAAGAAGAGCUCUUCGCCCGCUACAACCCCGAGCUACAGCGCCGCUCGCUCGAGAACAGGCAGCAGAAGCAGGAGGAGUUUGAUAACUUCGUGACGCGGCUGAAGGAGUAUAGCAAGAGUGAUAAGCCGAUCUGGGAAGCAGCAGCGGAAAUGGAGGCGAAGAAGAAGAAGAUCGCCGAUGCCGUGCGCCUAGCCGAGCAGAAACAGGCUGAGCAGACGAAGACACCCCUACGCGGCGUCGUUGAUGCCAUCGAGGCUGCACGCAAUGAGGAGGGCGCUGAGGGGAAGGUGGAUGUCAAGAGGUAAAUACGUCCAGAGGGUGAUUUGGGAAGGCACGGAGACAGAGGCGUGGGAACAGAGGCGCGGCACCCGGAUUGGGUGGGUGUGAGAUUAUAUGAGGAGGCCUGUGUAUGAUACUGGGAGGAUGUGUAUUAUAUGGGUGCGGAUCGCCCGCGGUGGAAGAGUGUAUGGAUAGGUGGGUGAGCUAUGUGAUACGGACCGGCGCGCGGCGUCUGGGGAUAUUUCGGAUGGGCAUCUCAGCCAUGAAUUGUUUGGGGGGUUGGAUCUAUGACUUGUGGUCUGAAUAUAAUUCCACUUUUAAUGAGGAUUUAGGCAGUGUUUGGGGGUCAUGGAGUGCUUGAUUAUGAGUGAACGAUUAUGGGGUGCGUGGUUGUGGAGUGUUUGAUGGCGAGGUGAAUAAUAGAGAAUUUAUGGCUAUGAAGCGCCUAAUCAUGAAGUUGCAUAAUACGAACUCUGUUUGAAACCCGUUCUCGUAUGGUCAUAGAAGUAAUUCCAAGGAGUUUUCUCCGUGCCAUGGCGGU